CGCGCGACCGUGAAGACGAGCUCUUUUGUCGAGGAGAGCGCGCAUUCGAGCACUUUGUUUAUUAUCGGCGACGCCACGGCGGGGAGCUAUGAUUAGAAUUAGCACAUCCGGGGAACCGAUCCAGAAACGCUUCUAUAGUUUGACUUGAUGAUUGACACAUAGUCGUCUACGGCGCAUACCUUCAUACCUUCGCCCUGACAGGUAGUCGACUGUGCUGUGACAAUGUCGGAGGUCUGACGAGACAAGAAGACAACUUUUUCCCAGCGUGCCUCAUGGAACGAUACCAGGAAGACUUAGCUGGUCUGGACCCUGUCUUUCUAGAGGAGGAGGAAUGGGAUCUGUACAACUCCCUCUCGGCUCUGUCCCUGCCCAGUCCCCAACCCCGCUCCCCUCUCUGGUCCCAGGGCGGAGGCAAUGAGAGCUCCAAUGACCCUACCACCCAGGGGGUGGGUGGAGGGGUCCCCAACCCAAAUUCCUACCUGAGACCCAGGACCCAGGAGACUGAGGUCCUCCUGAGAGGAGCAGCCCUCCUGCCUCCUCCAGUACCCCCUCGGAGGAGAACCUCCAGUGCUGCUCUGCUGACUAAUGCUCAGAAGAGGUUCUCCUGUGAUCUGACUGUACCCGCUAUCAGACUGAACCGCUUUAAUACAGCCACAUAUAGUCAUCUGGAUACCUGGAGCAUCAAACUGAUAGACACUCCACAAGGAAGCACCAAACAACUGGCUUCUCUCUGCAUGUUGACGUCCAAACUGCUGUCUAGGUACCCCCACACUGACCAGGUGUCUAACUCAGGGGUGGUGUGGGGGCGUGUGUCACCUAUCCACCCUUCCUUACUGCAGGAGGCUGAGAUCACCGUCAAUGUGUCAACUCCCUGGGUCCUUCACCAAUUACCCAUUCCCACCAUGUUGAACAAGACAGUCCAGACCCUGAUAGAUGAGAUAUUGCUGCUUCUGGAACAGACUAACCCAAGAGACAGUGGAUACUACCUCCUGAAGUUGUGUGAUUCUGAAGAGUACCUCAGGAAUGAGGAGAUGCUGGGUAUGCACGGGAGCAUCCAGGACUAUCAUAAGUGUUCCCUGGAAGUCCCUCUCAGAUUACUACAGGUUAACACACUACAGAAUCUGUUGGCAAGGGACGUUGAGGACGACAGAGCUCCGUGUCACCUGUACCAACUCCUUGGCUCUGCUUGUGUCUUCAACACAUCAAGGUUGAGCCUCCAGGAGAAGCUGAGUUGCUAUAACAAGGAGGUUAACAAACUGAUGAGGACCAAGUGUGGCAGUAAUCUUAACCUGCUAUUGGAUGAGGUCCGUACCAUCAUCAACCUGCUGUGUGGGAUCUCUACUGGCGAGCUGGAGGAGGCUAUCGGCAAGCUACGGAGGAUUAAACCUGUAGCACUGGACCAUUUGGAAAUGUACGAGUGUGAGACCUCGAUGAUGAUGCUCCACCAGGCCUUGGGCAAACUGCUGCACGUUUUCUUUGACAACUUCAGCUCAGACUUCAGGGGCCAGGAGGUGUACCACAACCCUCCUGUCUGUGACGUAGACCACAGCUCUGACAUCCUCCAGCUCAACGUCGCAGCGCUCUACAGGCUACAACCCAACUGGUUAAACAGUUUUAAUUACUUCUCCAUUUCCUGUUCGCUGACGUACGGAGGGAAAGAUAUCUGCGAGACGGGCGUCUCCGAGAACAUCAGCACAGCCUUGUCGCUUGGCAACAAGAUUCAGUGUCACCGCAUGAUGGUGUUCCCGAAACAGAUCAAACAGCUACCUUAUGAGUCCAUGUUGACGAUACGUCUCCAGGGGACGAAACAGGGCAAGUCUCCUGAACUGCUACGCUGGGCCGUCCUGCCUCUAUACAGUAACAGGACCCUGGUGAGUGGUACUGUCCUGCUCAGCAUGUCUAUGCUGGUGGAGCUGUCUGAGCCUCCCUCGCCUGCCCUGUCAGACAGCCACAGACAGGCUACUGGCGUCAUCCUGCAGUUGGAGUUCCCGGAGACAGCUGAGUGGAGGUAUGAAAGGCCCGUCUCCCUUCCAGGGUCUGUCUUGUUCAGUCCUCCGUGUGAUGAGCUACACAAGAAGAUAUCAGAGGUCUCCCAGAAACACUGCCUCUGCUUUUUGUCAGAAAAUGAGAGGGCGUUACUGUGGAGUAAGAGAUACUGCUGUGAUGGGAGGACCACCUUCCUGCACCUGCUGCUGGGUGGCGCCCCCCAGUGGGCUCCAGAGAACCUGACUGAGAUCUACACCAUACUGGAUCACUGGACAAUACUCCACCCUGAGGAAGCACUGUUUCUACUCUCUAACAAUUUCCAUGACCAGACGGUGCGUCAAAGAGCUGUGCAGCACUUUGGGCAGACUUCUGAUAGAGAACUAGAGGAAUAUCUACCUCAACUGGUACAGGCUCUGAAGAGUGAGUGGGAGUUGAAUGGACCUCUGGUGAUGCUGCUGUUGGACAGGUCACUGAAGAGUGUUAGGAUAGCCCAGCAGCUCUACUGGCUGUUGGUAGAUGCCCAGGAUGACCCCCAUUACCAGAGCUGGUUCAGUAAGGUGCAGGCUGCCCUGAGACACUGCUGUGGUAAAGCACUGAGGCAGGAGCUGGAACACGAAACCCGCCUGGUAACCCUGCUCACGCAGGUGGCUGACAGGGUCCGUAGAGCUGACAAAAACCGCAGGAAGGAUGUGUUGAAGAAAGACAAGUGGAAGAUUGACAGCUUCUUCAAGAACGGGAUCAGCUGUCGUCUACCGUUGGACCCUGCUGUACUUGUGAAGGGAGUUCAUUUGGAGGCCUGUAAAUUCUAUAACUCCCACGCUGCUCCUCUGGGAAUCUCCUUCAUCAACACAGAUCCUCUGGGCAGGAAAAUCUCUGUCAUCUGCAAGACAGGGGGUAACCUGCGGCAGGACAUGUUGGUGCUGCAGAUCGUGCGUGUGAUGGACAAGGUUUGGCUGCAGGAGGGACUGGACAUGAGGAUGGUUACCUAUAGGUGUAUCUCUACUGGGCGAGACCAGGGUCUGGUGGAGGUGGUGCCAGAGGCAGUGACCCUGGGUAAGAUCCAGCAGGAGUGGGGUCUGGGUGGGGCGCUGAGAGAGGACACCCUGGAGAAGUGGUUCCACAUGUGGAACAAGACUGAGGAGGAUUAUGAGGAGGCUGUGAUGAAUUUCCUCCACUCCUGUGCUGGCUGGUGUGUAGCGACCUUCAUCCUGGGUAUCUGUGACCGCCACAACGACAACAUCAUGUUGAAACACAGCGGUCACAUGUUCCACAUCGACUUCGGCAAGAUUAUGGGCAAUGCACAGAAGUUCGCCAGCAUCAAAAGGGACCGGACUCCAUUCAUCUUCACCUCAGAGAUGCAACACUUCAUCACCGGCGGGGGUCAGAAACCCCAGAGGUUUCAUCGCUUCGUAGAGCUCUGCUGUGAAGCCUACAACAGCAUCCGACGACGCACCGCCCUGGUGCUCAGCCUACUGCAGCUGAUGCUGGGUGCAGGUAUGCCGGAGCUGAAUGACAUACAGGACCUGCAGUAUGUUCAGAACAACCUGAAACCUCAGGACUCUAGGAUGGAGGCCACGUCCUACUUCACCAAGAAGAUCAAGGAGAGCAUGGGCAGUUUCCCGGUCAAGCUCAACUUUCUGAUCCACACCAUGGUCCAGUCCUCUGGGAAGAAGCUGGCGCCACCCAGCCCUUCUCAGAACACCUCCCCCAACACCAACAUCCAGGAAGCUGUCAUACAGAAGUACACCGUGAAGGGCAAGGAUGUGACGUACGAGUUGAGGGUGACCAUUGAAGACGGCUAUCUGAUCAGCGAGAAGACGUUCGGUCAGUUUGAGCUGAUCCACAAAGAGCUGAAGAAGCACUUCAUAGAGUCUACGCUUCCACAAUUCCCCAAAUGGUUCAAGAUGUCGUUCACUCCAGGCAGGAAAAUGUCCCUGCUGAAUAAGUAUCUGAAGGAACUGUUCGAAGGACCUUGUAAAGGCAAUGAGUAUGUGUGCUGUUUGUUUCUGGAUGGACCCAAGACCAGGACUCCCAACUCUGUGAAAUCAGAAAGAGACGGUGGACCCCAGAUUCAACUCUACAUUUCCUACAACGACCACAAGCUCUCUGUCCUGGUCAAACACCUCAAGAACAUUAAGUUGGCCAAUGGUUCGUGUCCAGAUGCCUAUGUGGUCACCAGGCUGAAGCCAGACCCCCUCAAAAGAUCCAAGAAGAAGACCAAGGUGGUCCGUAACAACCACAACCCUACCUUCAAUGAACUGAUAGAGUACCGUGACAUGUCGUCUGUUCAAGACCGCGAGUUAGAGGUGACAGUGAAGAGCAGGAAGGUCUUUGUGGCCUCAGCCAACGUCAGACUGGAACAGAACAACAUGGACAGAGAGGAGUGGUUCCUACUGGACAAUCGGGUGCCUAGUGCCUUUUUAUUAGGGCGCAUCGCGGCAUAACUUUUUACAACGUUGCACAGUGGUUCCUACUGGGAAAUCUGAUGCCUAGUGCGGAAACCCGAAGAUGAGCGUUUCUUAUUGGACAAAAUCCAAGUAGCACUGUCCCUCCCUGUUUCACUCAGUUUGAAAAACAAAAAGAAGCGUCUUUCAUUGGGCAAGAACAGGUACCUCAUUCCGUUUCAAAAUGUUUUCUCCCUACUGAACACCAUUCUGGAGAGGUGAUGUGGUGCCAGCCUACCACCACUAGAUGGCAGUGUUGUACAGGAACCUCCAUGGAGCGUGGAGGAUUUUUUAUACUUAGAACUAGUCUGUUCUAUUGGCACUGAUCUGGGAUCUUUUUAACAAUCCUCAUCUAAUCCAGAACUCUACCAUGAGGGAAGGGAAGUAAAAACUCAACCCUAGAUCAGCAUCUAAGGAGAUUUCUACAACGGGUCGGUCAAAACAAGCAUUGUGAUUGGUUGAGACGUGUACUAAGCCAUACUAAGAAACCUGUUUAGCACAGGCACAUCUACGAUGCAAAAAUGGGCGUCUUGGUUUUCUGUUUAAUCUGAGAGACCUUUCAGCAUCCAUUUCCGUUGAGGAAUGAAAUAGUAGCCUACGAAUACAUUUAUCAAAGUUAUGUUUUUAAUUGAAUUGGUAACCCGUUGUAGAAAAGCAAUUGCACACUCGAGGUUGUGCAAAACAACUUGUUUUAGCAUGCCUUCUCAUGUGCAACUACUUUACUGCAUCCUGCUCCUUCAUAUAGACGAGUCACAACUCCUUCGUAUAGACGAGUCAACAUCCUGCUCCUUCAUAUAGACGAGUCACUGCUCCUUCGUAUGGACGAGUCAACAUCCUGCUCCUUUAUAUAGACGAGUCAACAUCCUGCUCCUUCAUAUAGAUGAGUGAACAUCCUGCUCCUUCAUAUAGACGAGUCAACACCCUGCUCCUUUAUAUAGACGAGUCAACAUCCUGCUCCUUCAUAUAGACGAGUCAACAUCCUGCUCCUUCAUAUAGACGAGUGAACAUCCUGCUCCUUUAUAUAGACGAGUCAACAUCCUGCUCCUUCAUAUAGACGAGUCAACAUCCUGCUCCUUCAUAUAGACGAGUCAACAUCCUGCUCCUUUAUAUAGACGAGUCAACACCCUGCUCCUUUAUAUAGACGAGUCAACACCCUGCUCCUUUAUAUAGACGAGUCAACAUCCUGCUCCUUUAUAUAGACGAGUCAACAUCCUGCUCCUUCAUAUAGACGAGUCAACACCCUGCUCCUUCAUAUAGACGAGUCAACAUCCUGCUCCUUUAUAUAGACGAGUCAACAUCCUGCUCCUUUAUAUAGACGAGUCAACAUCCUGCUCCUUCAUAUAGACGAGUCAACAUCCUGCUCCUUCACAUAGACGAGUCAACAUCCUGCUCCUUCAUAUAGACGAGUCAACAUCCUGCUCCUUCACAUAGACGAGUCAACAUCCUGCUCCUUCAUAUAGACGAGUCAACAUCCUGCUCCUUCACAUAGACGAGUCAACACCCUGCUCCUUCAUAUAGAUGAGUCAACAUCCUGCUCCUUUAUAUAGACGAGUCAACAUCCUGCUCCUUCAUAUAGACGAGUCAACACCCUAAACACGCUACUAGUGGUUCUGGGAGGGUGUUUGGAUUCGAAGAAUGAAAUGUUACAAGGGACUAAGGCUAGCAGGGAGACUCUAGUCUGAUUCUGGACACUAGAUUUAGAAUCUAUUCUCUACACUGCAUCUUCCUUGUAUUUUUCUAUCUCAAUGUGAACAAAAUGAAGGAAAUGUAUGUUUUGAAAAUGUGUAAUUAAUUGUAUCCAUUAUUUAACUCAUAAUUGACUAUUUGUUAUGUGUGUAGAUCAUUUGUUGUAAAAUGUCAUAUUGUUUAUACUGUGACUCCUAUCUCAUGUCUUAAUGGCCUGAUUGUGUUAGUACAGUGAUAGAUGAGAGCGUGUGGCUGGCUCCCUCCCUCCCAGCUCAGUCCUAGUCCCAUCCCCAGCCCUAGUCUUAGUCCCAUCCCCAGCUCAGCCCUAGUCCCAUCCCCAGCUCAGCCCUAGUCCCAUCCCCAGCUCAGUCCUAGUCCCAUCCCCAGCCCUAGUCCCAGCCCUAGUCCCAUCCCCAGCUCAGUCCUAGUCCCAUCCCCAGCUCAGCCCUAGUCCCAUCCCCAGCUCAGCCCUAGUCCCAUCCCCAGCUCAGUCCUAGUCCCAUCCCCAGCCCUAGUCCCAUCCCCAGCUCAGUUCUAGUCCCAUCCCCAGCUCAGUCCUAGUCCCAUCCCCAACCCUAGUCCCAUCCCCAGCUCAGUCCUAGUCCCAUCCCCAGCUCAGCCCUAGUCCCAGCCCCAACCCUAGUCCCAUCCCCAGCCCUAGUCCCAUCCCCAGCUCAGUCCUAGUCCCAUCCCUAGCUCAGUCCUAGUCCCAUCCCCAGCUCAGCCCUAGUCCCAUCCCCAACCCUAGUCCCAUCCCCAGCUCAGACCUAGUCCCAUCCCCAACCCUAGUCCCAUCCCCAGCCCUAGUCCCAUCCCCAGCUCAGACCUAGACCCAUCCCCAGCUCAGCCCCUAUUAAUGUCAUUAGUCUGAGUCAUACGUAGGAAUGUAUUGAUUAGAUGCAGAGAUGGGAUGCAGGAAUCCAUUGAAGAGAUUUACCAGGUGGAACAAAGUCAUGUAAUCAAUCACCAUUCUCCCAGGAGGCUACGGCCCUGGGCAACCUGCUCUGCACGACAUUCAUAAGGGCUGAGCCCCAAAUGGGACCAUAUUCCCUAUAUAAUGCACUACGUUUGACCAGGGCCACAUGGGCCAUUAGGGACACAUAGAGGGAGUUAUUGAGGGUAGGGAUGAGAAUAGACUACAUUGUAUACUGUUUUGGUUUCAAUAAUAUAAACCUCUUUAUGAAAUGUUUUUUAUAUCACCCAGUGCACAGGGCCUUUCUCAAGGGUUUGGUCUUUUUCACUUUUAAACCGUGGCAGCUGCUGCUAGCCCUUUCGAAUGCCUUGUUUUAUGUGUUAUUCUUAUCUUAACUCUGAGACAGUCACAUUGGUCUUAAGACAAUCCCUUCAGUCCCGGGGUGAUUCUAUUGUUAGAACUGUAGCACAUUGGUUCCUUGUAAAGUAUUGUAAGUCAUGAAAGUUUUGAAUGUUUUUGUUACAUGGUUUUCCAUCAUUGUAAGCGGUUGAUUGUCAUGUCUGUAAUAGAGUAUUCUACUUUAUUCUCCAUCCAGCCUUCCUUCCCUCCCAUCCAGCCUUCCCUCCCUCCCUGCCUUAGUCAGUCCCAUCCCCAGCCUUAGUCAGUCCCAGUCCCAUCCCCAGCCUUAGUCAGUCCCUGUCCCAUCCCCAGCCUUAGUCAGUCCCAGUCCCAUCCCCAGCCUUAGUCAGUCCCUGUCCCAUCCCCAGCCUUAGUCAGUCCCUGUCCCAUCCCCAGCCUUAGUCAGUCCCAUCCCCAGCCUUAGUCAGUCCCAGUCCCAUCCCCAGCCUUAGUCAGUCCCUGUCCCAUCCCCAGCCUUAGUCAGUCCCAUCCCCAGCCUUAGUCAGUCCCAGUCACACCCCCAGCCUUAGUCAGUCCCAUCCCCAGCCUUAGUCAGUCCCAUCCCCAGCCUUAGUCAGCCCCUGUCCCAUCCCUUGCCUUAGUCAGUCCCAUCCCAGCCUUAGUCCGUCCCUGUCCCAUCCCCAGCCUUAGUCAGUCCCAGUCCCAUCCCCAGCCUUAGUCAGUCCCUGUCCCAUCCCUUGCCUUAGUCAGUCCCAUCCCCAGCCUUAGUCAGUCCCUGUCCCAUCCCCAGCCUUAGUCCGUCCCUGUCCCAUCCCCAACCUUAGUCAGUCCCAGUCCCAUCCCCAGCCUUAGUCAGUCCCUGUCCCAUCCCUUGCCUUAGUCAGUCCCUGUCCCAUCCCCAGCCUUAGUCCGUCCCUGUCCCAUCCCCAGCCUUAGUCAGUCCCAUCCCCAGCCUUAGUCAGUCCCUGUCCCAUCCCCAGCCUUAGUCAGUCCCUGUCCCAUCCCCAGCCUUAGUCAGUCCCUGUCCCAUCCCCAGCCUUAGUCAGUCCCUGUCCCAUCCCCAGCCUUAGUCAGUCCCUGUCCCAUCCCCAGCCUUAGUCAGUCCCUGUCCCAUCCCUUGCCUUAGUCAGUCCCAUCCCCAGCCUUAGUCAGUCCCUGUCCCAUCCCCAGCCUUAGUCAGUCCCUGUCCCAUCCCCAGCCUUAGUCAGUCCCUGUCCCAUCCCUUGCCUUAGUCAGUCCCUGUCCCAUCCCUUGCCAAGUACCUCAACUCCACCAUGACUUCAUCCACAGAGUUGAAUGCAGAAACGGAACUCCUUCGAGUCACUAUGCGUCAAUACUUCAACAAUUGAAAUACCCUUACUUUGUACAGUGCCUUCAGAAAGUCCCAGUCCCAUUGUCCUGCUGAUCUAUAUCACUAGAUCUAUUCCACUAGUUUCCGUACAAUACUGUAUAUCAGACUUGUUCUAUGCCAAUAAAUCAGAUAUCUAUAUCAUACAGUACCUACAUCCGCUUUUAAUUACUUGCUGCUGCCUGGAACUAGCAAAGGGCCUUUAUCAAUGCUGAGCCUGGGUAAUGGAGAAA